UCGCUGCUCUCAAGAACUGUCAUUUGGUGAAGGAAAUUGUUGAUUAUUUUUUACAUAACCGCAACUGACACACGAGAUAGAGAUUUUGUUGAAUUAAAAUUACAUAUUACAAGCAAAAUGUUAUCCUCCCGUGUGUUAUUAAGACAAUUGGCUUCAUGUUCAGCACGUCGCAUGUUUGCUGUCGAAGCUGCUGCUCCUGCUGCUGAGGCUGCCAAGAAUCUUACACCACCACCACCCGAAGGUGUAGCUAAGCCGGUGAAUCCAAAAAUUGAAAAUAUUGCCAAUAGCAUAGCUGCCCUCAAUUUGUUGGAAGUUUCCGAGCUGAGUUCGUUGUUGAAGAGUAAACUUAAUCUUCCCGAAACUGCUUUUGUACCACAAAUGGCUGCAGGCCCAGCCCGACCAUCUGCUGCCAGUGCUGGCGAAGAGGAAGAAGAAGCUGCCCCUAAGAAAGUGCAAACCUCGUUCAAAGUCAAACUGGUGAAGUUCGAUGAGAAACAAAAAGUGGCGUUGAUAAAGGAAGUUAAAAAUCUUUUGGAGGGCAUGAAUUUGGUGCAAGCCAAGAAGUUUGUGGAAAGUGCCCCAACUGUUGUUAAGGAUGAUAUACCCAAAGAUGAAGCCGAAAAACUAAAGGAGGCCUUAACGAAGGCUGGUGCUGUUAUUGAAAUCGAAUAAAUACAUGUUACAUGAUGAUGGUUAAAUGA